GUGACAGAAGGAAAACAGGAUCUGGAGCGAGCAUCACAGCUGGCCCGUAAGAUGAAGAAAGAGACUGUUCUGAAGGAUCUGGAAAAGAGAAAAGCUGACUUAAAUACCAUCACUGAGAGUAGUGCUGCUCUCCAGAACUUGAUUGAGGGUAGCGAACCUAUUUUAGAAGAGAGGCUCUGUGUCCUCAAUGCUGGAUGGAGCCGAGUUCGCACCUGGACUGAGGACUGGUGCAACACCUUGAUGAACCAUCAGAACCAGCUGGAAAUAUUUGAUGGAAAUGUGGCUCACAUAAGUACCUGGCUUUAUCAAGCUGAAGCUUUGUUGGAUGAAAUUGAAAAAAAACCAGCAAGUAAACAGGAAGAAAUUGUGAAGCGUUUAAUAUCUGAGCUGGAUGAUGCCAGCCUCCAAGUUGAAAAUGUCCGUGAUCAAGCCAUUAUUUUGAUGAAUGCACGGGGAAGCUCAAGCAGGGAGCUCAUAGAACCAAAAUUAGCAGAGUUGAAUAGGAACUUCGAAAAGGUAUCUCAACAUAUCAAAAGUGCCAAAGUGCUAAUUGGUCAGGAACCAUUAUUGUACCAACAUCUGGUUGCCACUGAAACAUUUGAAGCUGGUGUGCCCUUGUCUGACUUGGAAAAAUUAGAAAAUGACUUAGAAAAUAUGUUAAAUGUUGUGGAGAAACACUUGGAAUCCAGUGGUGAAGAUGAAAAGAUGGAUGAGGAGAGAGCCCAGAUUGAAGAAGUUCUGCAAAGAGGAGAACAAAUGUUACAUCAACCUAUGGAGGAUAAUGAAAAAGAAAAGAUUCGUUUGCAGUUAUUACUUUUGCAUACAAGAUACAACAAAAUUAAGGCAAUCCCGAUUCAACAGAGGAAAACAGGUCAACUUGCUUCUGGAAUUAGAACAUCACUUCUUCCCACAGAUUAUCUGGUUGAAAUUAACAAAAUUUUACUUUCCAUGGAUGAUGUUGAAUUAUCGCUUAAUAUUCCAGAGCUAAACACAGCUGUCUAUGAAGAUAUCUCUUUUCAAGAAGACUCUCUGAGGAAUAUUAAAGACCAACUGGACAAACUUGGAGAGCAGAUUGCAGUCAUUCAUGAAAAGCAACCAGAUGUUAUCCUUGAAGCCUCUGGACCUGAAGCCAUUCAGAUCAGGGAUACACUUACUCAGUUGAAUGCAAAGUGGGACAGAAUUAAUAGAAUGUACAAUGAUCGGAAAGGUUAUUUUGGUAGGGCUGUAGAAGAAUGGAGACAGUUCCACAGUGAUCUUAAUGACCUAACACAGUGGAUAACGGAAGCUGAAGAAUUAUUGGUUAAUACCCAUACUCCAGGUGGCAGCCUGGAUUUAGAGAAAGCCAGAAUGCAUCAGCAGGAACUUGAGGAGGGCAUCAGUAGUCACCAGCCCAGUUUCAUGGCUCUAAACCGAACUGGGGACGGGAUUGUACAGAAACUCUCUCCUGCAGAUGGAAGCUUCUUAAAAGACAAGCUGGCAGGGUUAAACCAACGCUGGAGUGCGAUUGUUGCAGAAGUGAAGGAUAGGCAGCCAAGGCUAAAAGGAGAAAGUAAGCAGGUAAUGGAGUAUAAAAGUAGGCUAGAUGAGCUUAUCCGUUGGUUAACAAAGGCCGAGAAUGCUGUGCAGAACAGAUCGACUGCUGAGCUGCAAGAAAAUCUGCAAGAAUUAAAAGACUUAGCCCGAGAGAUGGAACUUCAAGCUGAAAAACUCCAAUGGCUGAAUAGAACUGAACUGGAAGUGCUUUCAGAUAAAAGUCUCAGUUUACAUGAAAGAGAUAAAAUUUCAGAAAACUUAAGAACUGUAAAUACAACGUGGAAUAAGAUAUGCAGAGAAGUGCCCAUCUCCCUGAAGGAACGCAUCCAGAGCCCCUGUUCUGUUUCACAGACAAGGAUUGCUGCUCAUCCUAGUGUCCAAAAGGUGGUGCUAGUAUCAUCUGCGUCAGAUAUUCCUGUUCAGUCUCAUCGUACUUCAGAAAUUUCAGUUCCUGCUGAUCUUGAUAAAACUAUAACAGAACUAGCCGACUGGCUGGUAUUGAUCGACCAGAUGCUGAAGUCCAACAUUGUCACUGUCGGGGAUGUGGAAGAGAUCAAUAAGACCGUUUCCCGAAUGAAAAUUACAAAGGCUGACUUGGAACAGCGCCAUCCUCAGCUCGAUUAUGUUUUUACAUUGGCACAGAAUUUGAAAAAUAAAGCUUCUAGUUCAGAUGUGAGAACAGCAAUCACAGAAAAGUUGGAAAAGGUGAAGAACCAGUGGGAUAGCACCCAGCACGGUGUUGAGCUGCGACAGCAGCAGCUCGAGGACAUGAUUAUUGACAGUCUUCAGUGGGAUGACCACAGGGAAGAGACCGAAGAGCUUAUGAGAAAAUAUGAAGCUCGGCUCUAUAUCCUUCAGCAAGCCCGAAGGGAUUCACUUACCAAACAAAUCGCUGAUAACCAAAUAUUGCUUCAAGAACUUGGUCCUGGUGAUGGUAUUGUCAUGGCGUUUGAUAAUGUCCUGCAGAAAUUGCUGGAGGACUAUGGGAAUGAUGACACAAGGAAUGUGAAAGAAACCACCGAGUACUUAAAAACAUCCUGGAUCAAUCUAAAACAAAGUAUUACUGACAGACAGAAUGCCUUGGAGGCUGAGCUGAGGACUGUACAGGCCUCUCGCAGAGAUCUGGAGAACUUCCUCAAGUGGAUCCAAGAAGCAGAAACCACAGUGAAUGUGCUUUCAGAUGCCUCUCAGCGGGAGAAUGCUCUUCAGGACAAUAUCUUGGCCAGGGAGCUCAAACAGCAGAUGCAGGACAUCCAGGCUGAAAUUGAUGCCCACAAUGACAUCUUUAAAAGCAUUGAUGGAAACAGGCAGAAGAUGGUAAAAGCUUUGGGAAAUUCUGAAGAGGCUACUAUGCUUCAACAUCGACUAGAUGAUAUGAACCAAAGAUGGAACGACUUAAAGGCAAAAUCUGCUAGCAUCAGGGCCCAUUUGGAGGCCAGUGCUGAGAAGUGGAACAGGUUGUUGACAUCUUUAGAAGAACUGAUCAAAUGGCUAAAUAUGAAAGAUGAAGAGCUUAAGAAACAGAUGCCUAUUGGAGGAGAUGUUCCAGCCUUACAGCUCCAGUAUGACCAUUGUAAAGCACUGAGGCGGGAGUUAAAGGAGAAGGAAUAUUCUAUCCUGAAUGCUGUUGACCAGGCUCGAGUUUUCCUGGCUGAUCAGCCAAUUGAGGCCCCUGAAGAACCCAGAAGAAACAUACAAUCAAAAGCAGAAUUGACUCCUGAGGAGAGAGCCCAAAAGAUUGCCAAAGCCAUGCGUAAACAGUCUUCUGAAGUCAAAGAGAAGUGGGAAAGUCUAAAUGCCGUUACUAGCAAUUGGCAAAAGCAAGUGGACAAGGCGUUGGAGAAACUCAGAGAUCUGCAGGGAGCUAUGGAUGAUCUGGAUGCUGACAUGAAGGAGGCAGAAUCCGUGAGGAACGGUUGGAAACCCGUGGGAGACUUACUCAUUGACUCGCUGCAGGAUCAUAUUGAAAAAACCAUGGCCUUUAGAGAAGAAAUUGCACCAAUCAACUUAAAAGUUAAAACAGUGAAUGAUUUAUCCAGUCAGCUGUCUCCACUAGACCUGCAUCCCUCUAUAAAGAUGUCUCGCCAGCUGGAUGACCUUAAUAUGCGAUGGAAACUUUUACAGGUUUCUGUGGAUGAUCGCCUUAAACAGCUCCAGGAGGCUCACAGAGAUUUUGGACCCUCCUCUCAGCACUUUCUCUCUACUUCGGUCCAGCUGCCGUGGCAAAGAUCCAUUUCACAUAAUAAAGUGCCCUAUUAUAUCAAUCAUCAAACGCAGACUACCUGUUGGGAUCAUCCUAAAAUGACCGAACUCUUUCAAUCCCUUGCUGACCUGAAUAAUGUGCGUUUCUCCGCCUACCGUACUGCGAUCAAAAUCCGAAGACUACAAAAAGCACUAUGUUUGGAUCUUUUAGAGUUGAGUACAACAAAUGAAGUUUUCAAACAGCAUAAAUUGAACCAAAAUGAUCAGCUUCUCAGUGUUCCAGAUGUUAUCAACUGUCUGACAACAACUUAUGAUGGACUUGAACAAAUGCAUAAGGACUUGGUCAAUGUUCCACUCUGUGUGGACAUGUGUCUCAACUGGUUGCUCAAUGUAUAUGACACAGGCCGAACUGGAAAAAUUAGAGUACAGAGUCUGAAGAUUGGAUUGAUGUCUCUUUCCAAAGGUCUCUUGGAAGAAAAAUAUAGAUAUCUCUUUAAGGAAGUGGCUGGGUCCACAGAAAUGUGUGACCAGCGCCAGCUGGGCCUGUUACUUCAUGAUGCGAUUCAGAUCCCCCGGCAGCUGGGUGAAGUAGCAGCUUUUGGAGGCAGUAAUAUCGAGCCUAGUGUCCGCAGCUGCUUCCAGCAGAAUAACAACAAGCCGGAGAUAAGUGUGAAGGAGUUUAUAGAUUGGAUGCGUUUGGAACCUCAGUCCAUGGUUUGGCUGCCAGUUUUACAUCGAGUGGCAGCAGCUGAGACCGCAAAACAUCAGGCCAAAUGCAACAUCUGCAAGGAAUGUCCAAUUGUUGGAUUCAGGUAUAGAAGCCUAAAGCAUUUUAACUACGAUGUCUGUCAGAGUUGCUUUUUUUCGGGUCGAACAGCAAAAGGUCACAAAUUGCACUACCCAAUGGUGGAAUAUUGUACACCU